GUGAGUAAUACCACACAAUGCGUUUUUUAAUCAACCGGCGGUCUCAAUAGCUAACCUGGCUGUAAACAAACAGCUGGCCGAGCGAGGUUUUCCCACGUCAACUGGAACGCACCAAAGAUCAUUGCUUUGGUUUUGCUUGCGUGAGCUGAUUUCGUAAUCAACACUCCUGCCGAGAAGCAAAACUGAAAGUCAAGCUGUGGAAAAGCGAAACCUUCACAUCGUUACUGCGUAAGAUGUAUUUUCCUCACAGCACGGACAAUGAAGAGGAGGUGGGCUAUUUGAGGGGGACUUCAGUCAAUGUGAAACAGUAUGAGUGGCAGCUGUCAGAUGGACAUCAAUGGCUGCGAAUUGACAACGACUGUGUGAUCGAGGCCCACUACUGCCAACCUGGAGCUAAAGGAAUCACCAUUAACACUAGCAAGGGGCAGGUGUUCAUAGACUUUGACAAGUUAAAAACUCUGAAUGCAGCUCAGAAGGUGCAGAGACUAAGCUUCCUACCACAGGGCCAGACGGAGGACAUAGGCUGGUACUUCAGAGAUGACCAGCUGUGGCGUGAAUAUGGAUCCCAGAGCUCCAGCAUGAUGGCCUCCUCAAUCAGCAGUCAAGAUGUUGAGCGUCAGUUCACUCUAAACCCUCAGGGAACCUUCAGCUUCACUGUGGGCUCGAUGGGGUACACACUCAACUUCUCCACCAUGACCCAAACAAACUGCACCACAGGUGUGUGCAGAAAUGUACGCAGGCGUCCAAAAUUCAAUUCCAACACGGGGAGCCUUUACUCCACCUCAGUUCUUCCCACGGCUUCCUCCUCGCAGCUCACUGAUGGAGGUUACAAGUGGGAGUUCAUGGGAGAUGAGGGGAAAUGGACAGAAUAUCAAUCACAUGUUUGUUCAUUUGAUAGCAGUGCCAUUGAUAGACAAUACCAGCUAAAUCCACAGGGCCAACUACACUUCAAGAUCAAGAGAUUCUCGUAUACUCUGGAUUUUUCAAGUAUGUGUCAGGUCAAUGACAAUAUUGGAACUAAAAGACAAGUGAGGAGGACUGCUGACGAUGGGAGUCAACAGAGCAUCGGUUGGGGCGCACAGCCACGAUGGCAGUUUCAAGAUAGAGAUGGAAUAUGGAAAGAUUAUUUGAAAGUGCGUCGUCAAUGCAGCAUUUCCAGUCAGGACAUCGAGCUCCAGUACCAACAGAACCCGUCAGGCACCAUGAUGUUUACAACCAAUAGUUUUAACUAUGAGCUGAACUUCCCAGCCAUGACUCAAAGGAACUUGUCCACAAACACCACCAGAUUAGUGCGACGACUUAACCAGUGAAUGUGGGACAUCACAUCUGGAGGUCGGGGGGUUAACUUAAUGUUGAUCCUCAUAAUUACCUCAAUGCCUGCCUCAGGUAGUCUGAAUCAGUACUGUUUUCACAAGCUGAUUAGUUUCUUUGCUGAUUGGAUGACCUUACAUGACAGUUAUUUAAACAUAUUUAUCAUGAGUGCCUACAAUCAAAUGCAUUUAAUCCUUUUCUUAAAGCAUCUGCCAAUUUAUUUAUAUUCACAAGAUAUGGGACAUCUUUUGCACUGCCCUUUAAAUAGUGUUUUCAGGGUUAUGGUAAGGUUGAGUUGAAGUUAAAGGGGAACUCCACCAAUUUUACACAUGAAAGUCUGUUUACACCUGUAAAAUUGGUCUGUUUACAGGUCUUGGUGAGUGUUAUUUUAUAUAUGUAUAAAGCCUUUUGUGAUUCCAGAGGUAGCUGUGUCUGAUAAAUUGCCUCAAGCAGUGUCACUUGAGUCAAUGUCGGUUUAGACUGAAGACUACAAUACACAAUAUUAAAAACAAUCAUGGCGUGUGGGGUUAGAAAGAAGUGAGGUUGCAAGAUCUCUAUAGCCAGCUCCUCAUGUCUGCUUGAGGCUAGCAGCUCGAAGCUACAUUGGCCACUAGUAGCAUAACUGAGCAUGACGCACCCAAAUCUCCAAAAAUUGUCUGCAGUCGAGUUGCAUUGUGGGUGAUGUUAGCACCAGGAAUGCGUCGGAUCAAAAAGUUAACAUCUCUUGUUCUGCUGCAUCAAUUUUGAUCUUUGUGUCCUGCCUAUUUUUUGCACAUGUAGUUUAGUAAAUCUACAAAUGAUUGAUUCAUGAGUACUGCCUUGUAAUUAGUGCACUUUUUAAUGUUUACCUUUUGACAAGAUACCUCAACAUAAAACGAAAAGGAGGUUAGCUUUGAUGUUUCAUUAACACUGCCGCUUAACUGCUCUUUGGCUUGUCUUUCUUCUAUAAAUUAAAGUUACUUACACUCCA